CAAUGAAAGAGACAAAGCAUAUGCAUCACUGGAUAAUCACAUUUCCCUAAUUCCAAAAAGUCUCGAUGCGAUAAUUCGCUCUCAGAGGGACCUUGCCCAUCAAUAGUCAUCCGUCCAAAUUCUCCCUGGUCCCCAAGCCUGAGGCUCGAUGGCCUUCCCUCUUCCGCGGGGCAUCACGCCCCCGGAAAUUGCCUUUCUAGCGGAGAUGGAGAUGGUAACGAUUCUCCCUCGUCAACGCUUGGAGGGCCUUGAAUUGCUAGGUGGUCAAGUCGAACCACUCCUACCUCCUCGCCGCGCCUCCCUCCCACUAUGGCUAGCCCUUCUCCUCAAACGCCAGCGCCGCGCAAACAUCCUCCCGCCCGCAUGGCUUCACCCUGAGCCCCUCUCCCUGAUCCUCGAGAUCGAAACGCAACAUCACGAAUACGAGAAUGCCUUUUCCCCGCCUCCCCCGCUGCCUGGGCAGCCGAGCGUCCGCGACGGCAACCGUGGACAGAGACCGAUAGCCAAGGCGCGUCAUACGCCGGACGGCCAGCGAUACUUUCCCUCGCCGCCAUUCUUGCCGCAGAACAUCGCACAGGACAAUACACAGUCCGGCGAGCCUCCGUCAUUACCGUACCAUUGGUUGGAGGUGGGCAAUAUGCUUCUCGACGCGGCAAGUGACGAUCUGGUGGAUCCGGACCAGAUACGGCGGUUGCUGAAGGAGCUGCGGGAGGUGCGUAUGGCGAAGAUACGCUCUGGAGUGGACGUCUUGGAUGCUGCUGCCACCGGCGGAGGUGGAGUGGCUCUCACGGGUGUUGGGGCGAUGGAGAUUGGUGAGUCGAGAGGAUUUGUGACGGGGGUCGUAGAUGGGCUUAGGAAAAUCGGUGCGUCGAAAGAACAAGCACGGCGGGAGCAGAUGGCGGAAGAGAUGGCCAAUGGGGGAUAUGAUGCCACCCAGGACGAUGGAGACGAGAUGGAGUUCUAGAGCCCUUUUUCCGAUUCGCUUUUCUUGCAUUAUGGAGUUAUGGAAAGGACACACACGGCGCAAGCUAUUGCGGUUGAACGAGUUUCAAAUGUAUAUAUACCCUAUAGUUUCCAAGCAUUGCAAAAUAUCCUGCCACCGGGA